AUUGCACAGGUAUCUUAUUUUCUAAUUAAUUGGUUAUUUUUGUAGUUGUCAGCUAUUAUUUUAAAAUAAAUUUGUUACUAACUAGCCAUUUGUAUAUUUUAAUACAAAUAACAGUGUAACUUACACAGGUUUUCGAAGUAAUUCAUUCUAGUAGUCGUGGAGUGAAGUGAUAACAUCCCGGAAAAAUACCGAAUUAUACAGUGUGCAUGUUAGCAGGAUAAAGCGGGAUUUUUAUUUCUGUUAAAAUAUAUAAGAUAAAUUUUCCCAGAAUAAGAGAAAUAUUAAAUUGUUGCAUCGAAGAGACAAUCACACAACAUGAUUAUACGUAUUGGAUUUUUGUUGCUUGUCCUCACCUAUGUAAAAACAACUGAUUUUUAUAAAGAUCCAAAUUAUAGUGCGUAUGCGGAAAAUAAUGAGCAAUCAAUCGUUAAUGAACAUGUGAAAUUUCGAAAACGCGAAGCAGUUGUGCCACCUGCUCAAACAAAUGUCAACAAAAACGACACAAUUAUAAACAAAGUUGAACUAGAAAACCAAAAGCCUGCAAACAUACUAAGCCCCAAACCAGGGCCGAGCGAAGGUGAAGGUGCUUUUCCACCGUCUAAACAGCCAGAAGUAAAUACAGCUAAAGAUACCACAGUUAAAGUUGAUAAAUUAGAUACUCAUAAUGGAAAAAACAUCACAACAAAUAGCACUGCCAAUGCAUUAAAAAGCAAUGAGACAAUAUCUUUAACAACUAAGCAGAAUGAUACUGCCACUUCUACCGACUUCACCAGUGCUCUCCAGAAUCCUGGUGUUGUGAAAAGAGGUCUUAUUGUUUUUGGCGGUUUUGCCCUUCUUGCUGUUGCCUACUUUGUGUUUUAUAGGAGGAAGGGCAAGAAGUAUGAUGCUAAUAAUACGCACAACACCAACGAUGCUAAUCAGUUUAGGUAUGGUGUGCUAGAAUCGGAAGAUCGGAGAGACAACUUGGAACUCUCUCGAAUACCUCUAACAAUGGAAUCUGAUGAGGAUGAUGAAGAAGACUUGGAGAUUUUUGACUUAGAGCAGAAGAGGAAAUCACUGUCCUACGUCAAUCUCCAGACAAAUGACGAAGAUAUUGUAUUACGCAGCUCGAAAGAUGAAUCAAAGAAUAACCUCCUAUUGGACAUAGAAGAUGGGCCUUCAGACACUUUAAUUAACUGGUCGAAUACGGGUAGCAAUUCAAUAUUAUAAUUGUGUUUCCCAGUGCUAUAGGGGCUCGUACAAAAUUAAACAGCAUGCGCUAUAAAAGUUGAGACUGCACCAUAGUAAGAAGCGAUUUAACUCAAAUGUAGACUAGUGGAGUGGACCGAAAGACACAGGAAUAACCCAAUGAAAUUAAUGUGACAUGUACAGCCUUAUUUGCCUGUUCAUCUCAUAGAAAUGCAUAUAUAAGUACCGUUAGUUUAAGAUUUGUAUGGUCGUAGUCAUUUUUAAAUAUCGAAACAUUACUUAAUAGUUAAAUGGAAUUUAAUAUCAUCUUUCUAAAGCUCUAAAUUUGUGCACAAUCAGCAAUCCACAGAACUUUUAAAAAAAGUUAUAUAGAAUUUGCGAGUGAAAUGAAGUCCACUUUACUUUAACUUUGUGUGCAAACUUUAAAAAAGGAAUAAGGUGCAGUGAAUGCUUUGAUUUCAACUUUUGUUACGCAUACUGUAUUCACAGGGCCAUGACUUUGUCAUUGCUAUAAGCGAUACCAAAUCAAAUUUGUGUCUGUACAUUUCAUUCGUGCACACAGUGUUAUAACUCACCUUAUAUACGUAACAAUGCAAUAUAAAAUGAGAGAACGCUGAGCUGGGGUAUGACAGUUUUAUUAGCGUGCUGUGUCGUGACCAGGUCAGGCAUUACGAAGCAGGUAGACUAUACAAAAUGAAAGGAAGUUUUGAAAUUCAUAAGCUAAUAGCAUUCUUGGAUUAAAGGUGGAUUUUUUCACUUUAUAUAAUCUGCCUUCCUUAAGCGUUUUCUAAGGAUAGUUUACCAGUCGGUUUUACGCUGUAUCGCUACAAAUCCGUAUCGGCUAGCGAUACAUCUUUGCCGAUAGACUCACUUAUAAGAUGCCAUAAUGUUUUCGCUUUUGUGACAGAGCCGUGGCCCUGUGGUAACUAAGUUGUGAAAUGCAAACUUAAUUUCGUUUACUUAUUGAAAAGUUCGUGUGUAAUAUGACAAAUCGUAUUCUAUAAGACAGAAAUUAUUUUUGCGUUACAUUUUUUUAAAGAUAUAAAUUAGGUUAAGUGGUGGUUAUACACAUAUGCGGAUCGGCAUAUUCGAUUUAGCGUGCUUAACAUUCUUUAAACCGCCCGUCGUCGUUGAAGCUCCACUCCGGCUUCUAACAUUUACUCGUCCUCGUAGAGCGGCAGGUCGAGUUUCUUUCUUCUUUCUAUUAAC